UGCCCAUGUGUUGGAAGAACUUUUCUCUGAUGGCUCAGGUGAAGUCUCAUAUGAAAAUGCUCUCUAAAGAGACAGCUGUGAUGACCAACGUGCAUAAGGAUGAGGAGCCAGUCGGUAGUCUGAUCAACUCACAUGGAGAGGAGUUCGAUUGGGAUCCUGUCAGUCCUGGAGAAGGACACAAACUGUAUUCUGGCAGUAAGGAACCCCAGACUGUAUCAGAACAAUGUCAACAACACCAAGAAAAUGAGACACCCUGCAAAUGCCACUGUAAACUGUUUCAGAAAGACUUUAUUUCUCGAAAUGGAUUUUGCCAACAUAAGACUCACACAGGAGUCAAACCUCAUGAAUGUGUCCACUGUGGAAAAACGUUUGCCUAUCAAAACACUUUGGAGACUCACCUGCUAACCCACACCAAAGAGAAACCAUUUCCCUGUCCUGUGGGUGGGCAGAAGCUGCACAAUGCUAGGUCUCAUGUGAAAACACAGGCCAAAAAAUCCAGUGGUAUAACAAGUAGGAAGGAAGAGGAAGAAGAGACAGUAGCUGUUCUAAUGAACUCAGAUGAAAAGGAAGAUGAGUGGCCUUCUUCCAGUUGUGGGACAGCCACUGAUAUGAUCUGGGCUCGUGAUGGGCAGCACAAACAGAGCAGUGCAGUGUUUCCUGCCCACCGUAAUGCCACUGGGAAGGAAUUCAAUUUCCAGGGUUCCUUCACUCGAAAUGAAAAGGCCUGCAUCAAAGACAAGCUUCACCAGUUUGUCAGAUGUAGGAUGAGGUUUCAGUAUCAUCAGAGUCUGAAAAAAUAUGUCAGACUCCACAUGAAAAAGAAGCCAUUUGCCUGUCCUGUGCGUGGCAGAGGAGGCGGCCGUAGUUGCAGGCCGAUGGCUCAUCAGAAGACACACAGCAGGGCGUCACUGGAGCCCAAGGAGAUUACUGAAUUACCAGAGAGAGGAGAGCAAGGACGCCAAGGGCUCACUCCUGAAGUAAACCAAACAUGUGAUCAAGAGACGCUGGGAAGCACAGACCUUUCUUACUGCCAAGCGUGUGGUAAGAAAUUCAGUAACAACAGAGCCCUACAACGACACCAGAAGACUCAUAUCAGAGCUAAGACUCAUAAAUGCUCCCAGUGUGGGAAAGGGUUUGGUUACCUGAACAGACUGAGGAAACACCAUUUCAUCCACACCAAAGAGAAACCUUUCCCCUGUCCACUGAGUGACACGAGAUUCUCUCGCAAGGAGAGGCUAAAGGAACACCUCAACACACAUAACGGAUGGUCAGCUGAAACCAAGAGGGUGGCAGAAACCUUGGAUGGAAAAGAGACUCCCAGUUGUCUGAUCGCCUCCGAUGGAGUACAAAUGGAGUCAAAUCCUGAGGGAAAGGCUCCUGAUGUUGAAUUACCAGGCACAGAGCGUAUUGUUAAACCAACCAAACCUGAACAUUGCGUGAUACCCAGGAAACGUCGAAAGAAAGAUGAGGCUGAGGAGCUCCACAGCUGUACAGACUGUAAUAAGGAAUUCCAGAGCAUCUAUGCCAGAGACCGGCACAUGAGAGAGAAGCAUGGCAAGCACCUACUUCACAAGUGUUGCGACUGCGGACAGACAUUUAGAGCAAAUCGAAGCUUGGUAGUUCAUCAGCGAAUCUACCAUCCAGCACCAGGAGUGCCUGUGGAACCUCACGAUGAACACAGGGUUCCAAAAACGUACCUUUGUUCAACAUGUGGGAAAGAGUUCCCGACAAGUGCUUCUCUAAAUAGACACCUUAUCAUUCACUCAGGAAGGAAACCAUACCAUUGCACUUUGUGUGGAAGGGGUUUCACACAGAUUGGAAACCUUAAAACACACCAGAAAGUUCAUAAAGAAGGGAAAUCCACCAGUGUGGCUGAGAAAGGUUCCUCUACACCUGAAGAGACUCAGCCACCAGUGGAAAUCUAUUUCUGCCAUCUGUGUUGGACACAGUUUUCAGGGAAAAAUUUACUACAAGACCAUCUGAAGCAGGUCCAUGAAUCCAAGAAACCCCAUGCCUGCACAGAAUGUGGCAAGAGAUUCAUGCAAAUCCAGAAACUGAAAGAGCAUCAAGAUGGACAUCAAGGUGUGAAGCCCUACCAGUGCUUGCAGUGCGAUAAAGGAUUCCACUCACCAAAGGGACUUGAGAACCAUAUGCGAGAUCACACCGGAGAAAAACCUUUCUCAUGCAGUAUAUGUGGAAAAAGGUUCAAGCAAGCAUCAACUUUAAGAGCACACUAUGUAACACACUCUGGAGAGAGGCCUCACCUCUGCUCCAUUUGUGGUAAACGUUACGCGAGAGGCGAAGAGCUGAAAGUCCACCUCAGAGUUCAUACUGGAGAGAGGCCAUACCAGUGUGAUGAAUGUGGCAAGAGUUUCUAUUACAGACAAGGUUUUAACAACCAUAAGAAGACUCACAGUGCCAAACCCAUAGGGCCCACCAGGCAGCUCGGCAGACCUAGACAGCUGGGCCAUCCCAGGAAAUCAAGCAAACCUAAGAAGGUCACACAGAGCGCUCCGACUGACUCAGAUGGAGAGGACGUGACCUGGGAACCUCCUAACCUUGGAAACAGUCCUAAUAAUCACCUUGGUAAUCAAGAAAAUCAUGCUACAGCAAGUCACAGCCAGACAUCUCAAUGGAAUCACCACACAGAGUUUAACUCAUGGGGCCAAAACCCAGAUACAUCUUACAACUGGAGAGCAGCGGAGGGCCAGCAGCCGUACUACAGUCCAGCAGGAGCCAUCAUGAGUUUCAGUGCCUUGCUCAGAGGCACAGUGGAUGAUGAGCACCCUCAGGAGAGCUGUGCAGCAGAGCGGCCCUCCUGGCCUCCUGGGCUUCAGCCUGUACCCCCACCUGUAGAGCCAGGCCUGGGCCCAGGUCACCCACAUAACACCACAUCACGGAAAACACACGUCAGCAAGAGGAGUACUCAGGUGAACUACCAUGAUGUAGAGAGGCCUAAAACACAGGAGCAGGAUCACAGCUCACGAUCCACAGGUGUGACGUGUCAGACAUAUUGUGACAGUGAGACUGACACUGGUGCUGAGAGCCUUCCAGAGGUACCUGUUGGAUGUGGGGAGGGCCGUGAUGACAGAGAGACUCAGACUUCAGAGCCAAAUGCAGCAGCUCCUCUUGCCCCACCUGGACUGUGUGGAGAAGCUCGUAACGAGGCAGCAGCUGCUGAGGACUCAAGCUCACAGGAGAAAACGUCUGAGGAGCCAAAACAAUUCCAGGGGACACGCAAACCCAAGAAGAGCUAUGACUGCCCAACUUGUGGAAGAGUGUUCUCUCACAACACUGCCCUGCGACGACACCUUGUAAUUCACUCAGGGAAAAGACCUUUCAAGUGCUCUGUUUGUGGAAGAGGAUUCACUCAGAGUGGAAACCUCAAAACGCACAUGAAGGUUCACAGAGGUGAGUUUCCAAGUGGUGCUGAAGUUCAGGGGAAUAAUCCCCCUGAGGACCCUGCUGUAAUGAUCCAUGUGUGUGGAGAGUGUGGAAUGGACUUCCCUCAAAAACAACAGCUGGAAGAACACUACAAGAUCCACAAGAAACCGUACGCAUGUCCAGACUGUGGCAAGAGGUUCAAAAAUGAAUAUUAUUUUAAAAUACACAAGCGCACUCACUCAGGAGAUUCACCUUACCUCUGUUCAGAGUGUGGAAAGAGUUGUGUAACAGCAGAUUCCCUUAAAAAACACGAGUUAAUUCACAGCGGAGAGAAGAAUUUCCGCUGUGAGCAGUGCGGUAGGGCCUUCAUACAGUCAUCCCACUUGAACGUGCACCUCAAAACGCACACCGGAGAACGGCCUUACCUGUGCUCAAUCUGCGGCAAAAGUUACUCCAAAGCAUGUGACCUUAAAGUUCAUCUGCGAGUUCACACAGGAGAGAAACCAUAUACUUGUGAGAAAUGUGGCAAGUGCUUCUACUACUCCCAAGGGUAUCGGGCGCAUCUCAAGACUCAUGACAAGAGGCCGAAACAGCCAACGAAACCGCUGGGUCGACCAAAACAACAGCUCGUAAUGGCAAGUAAAAUGGGCUCUGAAAACCCAAUGGACUUCAGCCCAGCUGUGAUCCUUGCCGAGGAAGAUCAGCAAGAAAUAGGAGGCCUGAUCAACUCUGAUGGAGAAGAAGUGGAAUUCUCUGAUCUCAGAGAGAGUGUUAGCCCUGCAGUUGGAGAUGAGGUGACUCCAUCAAAGACAUUUGAUCAAAGUGAAAAUGGAAAACCGCAGUCAACUCACAGCUGUUCCGUGUGUGGAAAAGAUUUCCCCUAUGCCUCGAAACUUCAGCGCCACCUACGUACUCACUCGGGAGAGAGGCCCUUUCCCUGCUCUAUGUGUGAGAAGAGAUUUCCGGAGAAGGGACUGCUAAUGAUUCAUGAAAGGGUUCAUACAGGGGAAAAGCCGUUUCCUUGCACUUUCUGUGAGAAACGAUUUGCUAGUCAGGGGGAGCUGAGACUCCACCGGCGGACACACACAGGCGAGAGGCCAUAUCACUGCUCCAUAUGUCUAAAGAGUUUCUCUCGUCACUGGCAUCUGAAAACACACCUAGAGGCAAUGCACUCUGAGGUUGUUGCCGGCUUUUCGAGGAAGAAGUUUCCUUGUUCUGAAUGUGAAAAGAGCUGUAACUCUGCAGCAGAGCUCAGAGAUCAUCAGAGGACUCACACUGGAGAAAGACCCUACCAGUGCUCGUUCUGUGACAAAAGGUUCGCCUUGUCAGGUACACUGGUGAGGCAUGAACGUCUCCAUACCGGCAUUACACCCUACCACUGCUCUGACUGUGGGAAGACAUUUGCGCAGCAGUGGACAUUAACAACACACAUGCGGACUCACACAGGAGAAAAACCAUACAGCUGCACACAGUGCGACAAGUCUUUCAUCGCCCCAGGAGAGCUGCGGAGGCACACCAGGAUUCACACUGGGGAGAAGCCAUACACCUGCACCGACUGCGGCAGGCACUUCUCUUUGGCAGGAACUCUGAGAAACCACAAACGGUCGUGUACUCACAGUAAGAAUGGAUCUGCCACGGCACUCAACUCAGGCUCAGGUCAAACUCCAGCCGGGGAAUCAUCUCAGCAGGAUCUGGUCGACAGCAUCAGCCCUGAGGUUUCUGGCAGUCAGAAUACCUCAAGGGAAGGGGAGGCCCAUUCUUCACAGGGUCCUAACUGUAACAAAGCAUCCCAGUGUGAAAAUGACUCGAGAGAAACAGAAGACAGGCUGGAGGAUGGUAGCUCCAGUCCACAUAUGAAUGUCAUUGUGAAAGAAGAGGAAGAAGAGGAACCUUUGUCCGCAGAAGGUCCUGACAAAGUUUCUGGUAGUGAAGACUGUUCCUCGACUGAGGGACAGCAAGAGGAGAGUAACACUGAAAUUCGAAUUACAGUUAAGGAAGAAGAAGAGGAACUUGUUAACAACUCAGGAGAAGAGGCUGGCCAUGUCGCUGACACUGAGGAUUUAAGUCCUCCAACAUCACCACUGCAGCAACAGCUGAACAACAAUUUGAAAAAGAGCUCCUACUGCUGUGGGCUCUGUGGAAGAGACUGCCACAAGCUGUCUGCGCUGCAAAUACAUAUGAGAAUUCACUCAGGAGAGAAACCCUACCAGUGCACUCUUUGUGGGAAGCAGUUCACCCAGAAAGGUCAGCUAAAAGGUCACCAGAAAGUCCACACGGGGGAGAAACCUUUUUCCUGCCCUGACUGUGGGAAGAGCUUUGCCCACUCGGGGGCUAUGAACAGGCACCGCCUCACACACACGGGAGAGAGGCCCUACCACUGCUCUGUGUGUGAGAGGAGUUUCAACCAGUCUGGUCGUUUGAGGGAACACGAGAAAAUUCACUUCGGGGAGAAGUUUGACUGUCCCGAAUGUGAGAAGAGUUUCACUCGAGCGUCGAGCCUAAAGAACCAUUUCAGGCUUCACACAGGAGAGAGGCCGUAUGGCUGUGACAUAUGUGGGAGGGGCUUCAGCCGCUCUCAAAGCCUGAGGCUCCACAAACGGAAGCAUGAGCAGGUUCAGACUGAGGAGUCUGCAUUUAAUGUGAAGAAUGAAGACGAGUCCUCACACAGUGACAAUGCUUCUCCAAUUGAUUUGUGUAUGACUGAGCAGAAUGACUGAACAUGUAUUCACAUAAAUCAUAGAGCUAGGAGAAGUAGUAUGGAAAUAUUACUGUUUCUAAGAUUUUAGGCAUUAAAAUAUUAAUCAAAAGACGUGAAAGUAAGGGACUACCUCUGUGGAAAGCCCAUCAAAGAACCUGGACAUGGUGCUCUCAGGAUAUGCUUUCAAGACUGGGCACCUAAAAAAGAAACCAGAAUGAAGCUCUUAACAAAUUGAUCCAUAAUGUGUGUAGCCACAGGUUGUCUGGCCAGUAAAUGUUCACUAAGCAACUAGCAAAGCUGUUUGAGACAGUAUGAACAAACAGUAUUCAGUGCAAACAGAGUUUUCCUGAAACCUUAGAAAUGGUCUUAAAAUUACAAAUUUAGAGGUCCUAUUAUCUCUUUUAUCACGCUUAUCUAUGUUAGUUGCAUUGAAAUAUCACUAUCAUAUUUAGAGUAUUUAUGGUAGUACAAAUUUCUCAUUUUAGGUCUGUGAUUUCAUUUUUUUCCAUGCAGUAUUUGUCAAACUAAUUGUGUAUGUGGAAAUUUGAUUGGAUUCUUGAAGAAAAGUCAUGUUUUUUUUGUUUUUUUUUUUUAAAUAUAUGAAAUAUUAAGAUGGCCCACAAGCAGUCCAGGAAGCAGAUGAAAUUGUAAUGUACUGUUUGAGCCUAUGGUUAUAGCUACACACACAUCAGCAAAAUUUAGUGUGUGCUUAAAGUGUGGUUUUAUGGUGUUUAUCAAAUAUGUGCCAAAAUUGUGUCACCUUAGCAGUGACUAAAUUUUGCUAGUGCUCUGUGCAGCUCUUACCAGAAGACCAAACUACGAAUCUGGGCCCUAUUCCUGUUUGGAUGUCUUAACUUAGCUGGAUUGUUUUGUUGACAAUUUGGCUGAAGUCCACAAUUUUCUCUGCCACUAUGUAGCCUUCAAAUUAUGUCUAAGUUGUUAACCCAGCAACAUAUCCCUAAAAUGAACCCUGCAAAAUCACACCCUUGAAACCCUUUUCAAACCUCAGAGUCCUGGGCUAAGACCCUGGUCUAACAGUUGUUUCACACUGACAAUGUGGGGUGUCCCCACCCUGCAGCCCAGGGUUUAGUAAACCCCACUCCAGAACAGGGUUACUGCUGAUUUUAUUGUGGAUAUCCCAGGACAAGUCUGCCAUGUGAGGGGAGGUCAGAACAAAAGAAACAGGAUAGUUGUCCAAUCAAAACUGUCACAAGUGUUAUUUAGACAUUAACCAUGGGCUUUGGUUUUCAAGUGUGAAUCCUGAACCCGGGGUUAACUAUCAGGCCCGGGUUAAUAAGAACAAGGGUAAAUUGAGGUUUUCCCUAGGGCUAAGAGAGACAAAUAUGAAAAGGGCUUAAGUCUGAGUCAGCUGCAUAUUCUGACCUAUGGAACUAGAUGAAGUAGAUUUGGAUUAUUUCAUGUUAAUGGAGAUUUGAGAUGUAUUGGCAUUUUGAGGACAAGUGCAUACAUUUAAAAUUAUCAAGCAAUUUUUGGUUCUUUUGAAUUCCGUUUCAUGGAUGAUUAUUCAAAUUAGGUUCUUAUUAUUCCUUAAAUUGAAGUUUGUAAUAUAUAAUAUUUAUAGAAAAAGCUAGAUAUUUGAACUGGCUGACAUGUUAACCUGAAUUAGUUGAGCAGUUUACUGGGAAUAGGGCCCAGGUUCCUCUUGGAGGAGGGAAGGCGGGUAUUCCACAAAGCAGGAAUAGAAAGCCAGACACUGUGGAAAAGAAUAUUAUUUUAAUCUGGAAAACAAAAUGUAAAUGUUUAGGACUGUAAUUCAGUCAUCCAUGUUGAUGAUUGCUAGUAACUUUCAGCAGAUAUUUUGCAACACUUUUGAAAGUUAUCUGGCUUAUCUGCUAUAUCCUGAUCUGUGCAAUACCACCCUUGUUUAAUACAUUAUUUUUUCCCUCAGCUGUAGUCCCACAAGUCUUGCUUUUGGCGCUAUCACCACCAUAAGCUAACCAUUAUGAAUGAGGUGGUUGCCUGAAUAAGUCGGGGAAAAGAAUAAAAUGGUUAAGACAACUCUUACGGCCAAAGAACCAUCAAGUAAAGAUGAGUCAUCCUUCAAGGCGGUAAUACGUACAGUAGGCAAUAAUCUGAAGCAGUGAAGAUGGUUGAUUUUGACCAGUGUUGUCUUUGUCUAACUGUAUGAGAUGUACAAUAAAAAGCAAAAACAAA